AUGUCUUGCGAACCCGUCAGUUAUGGCAUUCUAUUUGAACUUCGCAAAAUCGUCAGUCUGUACAUCUUUCCCACGGUCACUCUGUUCGGCAUUGCCGGCAAUGCACUGAAUUUGGUGGUGAUGAACGUUAAAGGAAUGCGAACGAAGACCAACUAUUUUCUGUCCGCAAUGGCACUGACUGACAUGGGCUUCCUGUUGUUCAUGAUACCACACAACCUCGUCAUGAUUCCCAAUGCUAUCACAUGGGGCACGGUCUUCUCGCUGUGUAUGAAGUACAGGAUGUGGUUUAACACCAUCGUCAACUCUAUGUCCAGAGCUGAAUUUCUGUUGACUCGCCAUUUUUUAGUGAGCUUGUAUGUCUUUGAGGUUCUUUCUCUAAACCUGACACUUAAACGUAAAUGCUCGUAUAAUUUUCAUCUUUCCAACAAUACGCUUAUGCAGUUUUUCAGGUUCGCGAUCGCGGUUACCGCCGAGCGGCUGGUAGCAAUCAUAUUUCCGAUCCACGCAAAGGCAUUUCUGCGAAUGUGGCAUCUGAAGCUGAUCAGUGCUGUAAUAGCCAUAUGGUCGCUGGGCAUAAAUCUAUACAACUUAUUCUGGAUGGUACCCGUUCAGGCUGAGAGGUUCGUGUGCAACCAAACGGUGCUGACUUGGCGUCUGGAGCAGCUGAACAAAUCGGACAACCCGGCCAUGUACAACUACGUUCAACUGUCGUUGGCUGUGGUGCCGUACGUCAGUGUGGUCACUCCUCUGAUUAUGCUUGUGAUACUCAAUUCGCUGCUGCUACGCUACCUGCAUAUCGGCCGAUCCGGUAUAACCUCAAACGGCAGCCAUUCGAAAUUGGUCGAGUUUCGGAUCACGUUGAUGGUGGUGCUGAUCAUUGCGUCGUUUAUCGUGUUCCAGACACCUUCGGCGUUCCUGUACAUCUGGGAAGCGGUGUCCAGCAAACCGUAUCCGGUGUGGUUCUUUACCGUCACCACAAUCUCCAAUUUGUUGGUUAGCUUUGGCAAAGCUCUGAACUUCGUCCUUUACUGUGUCAUUAGCAGCAACUUUCGUCGACGCCUGAUUAAAAUAUUAUUUCAAACAAUACAAUCAUUAACACUUGCCGUUUUUUAUUUGUCGGUUCAUUUAAAGUUCGACAGGUCAAAUUGUUCCUCAGUUAUGCGAAUAAAACGAUUUAUUCGAACAUCUCAAGUCAGGCUUUUUACUUAA